GGUGCUCGCUGCCCCCACGCCGCUCCCUCGGCUCGGAUCGCGGCGCCUCCCGCUUUCCGCACUGCUCCACGCCGAGCCCGCGGAUCCGGUGGCGGCGGCCGUGUUCGGUGGGCUCCGGCUGGCGCGGCGGUCGAGGCAGCAGCGCGGGAGAGCAGGAGGGAAGCUGGCAAGUCCCCUGGAGGCGAUGUUGCGGGGCGCGGGCCCCUGCGUAAGGCGGGCGCCGUGACAGGCCGGCCAGUGAGACGCCGCCGGGGGAGGCCGCGACGGAGCUCCGGGACUGACCAUGGGCUGAGACACAUCCUCGCCGAGCAGAACAUGCCGGGGUGACUCCCUCCCAAAUCUUCCUGUGGCCUUCCUCAUCCUCCCUAGUGACACUAUGCAACCCCAGCGUGACCUGCGAGGCCUCUGGCUCCUGCUGCUCUCCUUGUUCCUGCUCCUCUUUGAGGUGGCCAGAGCUGGCCGACCUGUGGUUAGCUGUCCCACCGCCUGCCUGUGCGCCAGCAACAUCCUCAGCUGCUCCAAGCAGCAGCUGCCCAAUGUGCCCCACUCCUUGCCCAGCUACACAGCACUACUGGACCUCAGCCACAACAAUCUGAGCCGCCUGCGGGCCGAGUGGACCCCCACGCGACUGACCCACCUGCAUUCCCUGCUGCUGAGCCACAACCACCUGAACUUCAUCUCCUCGGAGGCCUUUUCCCCGGUACCCAACCUGCGCUAUCUGGACCUCUCCUCCAACCAGCUGCGCACCCUGGACGAGUUCCUGUUCAGCGAACUGCAAGCUCUGGAGGUGCUGCUGCUCUAUAAUAACCACAUCAUGGUGGUGGACCGCUACGCCUUCGACGACAUGGGCCAGCUGCAGAAACUCUACCUGAGCCAGAACCAGAUCUCCCGCUUCCCUCUGGAACUGGUCAAGGAAGGAAACAAACUACCCAAACUAAUGCUCUUAGAUCUGUCCUCCAACAAGCUGAAUCGCUUGCCACUGAGCGAACUGCAGAAGCUGCCAGCCUGGGUCAAGAAUGGGCUGUACCUCCAUAACAACCCCCUGCAGUGCGACUGUGACCUCUACCAGCUCCUUUCUCACUGGCAGUACCGGCAGCUGAGUUCGGUGAUGGACUUUCAGGAGGAUCUGUGCUGCGUGAACUCCAAGAAGGUCUACAAUGUCUUCAACCUGGGUUUCCUCAAUUGCAGUGAGUACAAGGAGAGUGCCUGGGAGGCCCACCUGGGCGAUAGCUUGACCAUCACGUGUGACACCAAGCAGCAGGGGAUGACCAAGGUGUGGGUGUCACCAAGCAAUGAACGGGUGCUAAAUCACGGGGCCAAUAGCACAGUGACAGUGUCCAAGGAUGGCAGUCUUCAUUUUGAGCAGGUGCAGUUCCAGGAUGGGGGUGUGUAUACCUGCUAUGCCAUGGGGGAGACUUUCAAUGAGACACUGUCUGUGGAGUUGAAAGUCUACAACGUCUCCUCGCAUGGACACCAUGACACCCUCAACACAGCUUAUACCACCCUAGUGGGUUGUAUCCUCAGUGUGGUUCUGGUUCUCAUAUACCUGUACCUUACCCCUUGCCGCUGCUGGUGCCGGGGUGUAGAGAAGCCUUCCAGCCAUCAAGGAGAUAGCCUCAGCUCUUCUAUGCUUAGUACCACACCCAACCACGAUCCUAUGGCUGGCGGGGACAAAGAUGAUGGUUUUGACCGGCGGGUGGCCUUCCUGGAACCUGCUGGACCUGGGCAGGGUCAAAACGGCAAGCUCAAGCCAGGCAACACUCUGCCAGUGCCAGAGGCAACAGGCAAGGGCCAACGGAGGAUGUCAGAUCCAGAAUCGGUCAGCUCGGUCUUCUCUGAUACACCCAUUGUGGUGUGAGCAGGAUAGGUUGGUGGGGGUGAUUGUGCCCCAGGAGAGGUAAUGCACCCCUGAAGGAUAUGAGGGGAUGGAAGAGAGGGCUGGCUGCCCAAGGGAGUGGGUUCCUCCUGACCUCCAGGGAAUUAGUCACAGGCCCAACAGCAGGCAAGACCCCAAUGAGGGUGUGACUGCCUCGAGUUUCAAAUAUAGAUGUGUUCAUCCUCAGGCAAAUGCUACACCCCUCCCUGAGGCCCUGGCAAAUUUCAGUGUGGUAGAGGAAGAGGAUCAUGUCCAAGCUGCUUGGGAAUGAGGAAGGGGUGAGGGAAAGAGCAGAUCCCCUAAACUUUUUUGAGUUCAUCACUAGCUCCUUAAGAGAAAACCAUUUGAAAAACAUUUUUUUUCUGUCUCUGCUCACCCACACCUGUGAAGUUGUGAGUGUUGGGGGAGCCUCCACGGGAGCCACGUUGGGAAAGCUGCAGUAUCAUCUUUGGUCAGGAAGUCCCUUUUCACGGCUAGGGAAUUGGGAAUCUUUGCAAAUGCGUCAGAAAAGGGCCAAGACCUUGAUCAGUAACAUUCCCUAUAGCUGCUGUGAGACUUCCCACUAAAGCCGCCUUCUUUCCCCAUGAGCCUGGAGUGGCUGGAUCUUUGCAGGAGCCUGGCCUCUUGCCUAUGAGUUACAGCAGCUAUGUGGGAUGUGGUAUCUGUGCCUUGACCUGGGUCCAGUGGCACAGGUAGGUACAGCGUGACCUAAGGGGUCCCUGACACAGCAUAGGUUCUAGCACAGAACUUGUAGAUUAGGGCUGAACUCCAGGUAGGCCAAUUCCCUGGCUGGGGAAGCCCUCUGUUACCAUUUGCUUCCCGGUAUCUGUGUGUCAGACCAGGGAGGGAGCUGCUGAAGGCCUGCCACAGGUGUGGUACAUGAACCACUCUUCCCAGAAGGAUGAGGUGAACCAGCUUCUAUGAUGUAGCAGCCAGUUAGACUUACCUGACUUUCUGUGUAUAUCUCCAUUCAGUCUCCUGAAUGGAUUCUGAGUUUUCCCUAAAAUGCUGCUCUGCAAAGGGAAGAGUCCAAUAAAGCCUGGUCGCAGCUUGGUUAGACUGGGCUUGGAGAUGGGAGGACCCAGAAUGUGUCUUCUAUGUUGCCAAGGCUGUCUUGCUCCCCUCAGAGAUCUCACUUCUGCUACAAAGCCAAAGCUUGGGAUUUUUGUCAUUGGAGGGGUCAGAAACUGAGUAGUCUCUGUCCCAGAAUGGUAAUUUGGGGUGUGGCUUCAAGUUCUGCCCCUCCCACACACACCAGGCCCCAAGCAGUCCUGUAGCAAAGGCAACCAGUGGCACUAAACCUCAAAGUUCUGCCGCCCAUUCCUCUCAGUCAGAGGUCUGUGGUGUGGUUGUCAGGCCAGAGGAACAUAAGAACAAGCCUUGCUUAGGUUUCAGCAUUCAAGGUUGUGGGUGUGGAGCUACUGCUCCCCUGAACUCGUCCCUUUGACCAUACUGCAGGCCUGGGAGGUGGCUGUGCUGAGCUGCGGCAGGAGGGAUGAGCAGUGCAAAGGUGAAAAUGUUCUCGGAUGUUGGUCUUUUUCAGUGUCUCCCAUGUUUCCUGUCAGUUAGAAGUUCUCCAGGUCUUCUAGUUUUCUGACCUGCUUCUUGGGUUCCAAGAGGUGUUAUUUACUUAUGGGUGAGGUCUGCUUGCUAAGAGGGCCUGUUACACUGCCUGUUAAGAUUAGGGAAGGGGACCGGAAGUCACCAUCUUCCCCUUGUCUGUUCCUGGGAUCUCAAGGCGGCUGUCCAUCCUUUAUUAGUAACCUAGUUUUGUCAAGAAAGGUGCAGCAAUUCCCCUCAAGUAGUUGCAUGCUCAUAGUACGCAUGCUCAUAGUACGCAUGCUCACCACCUUGACCUCCACCAGGACAGUGAAUCUGUAGUCCCCACUAGUGCCACCGCUCCCAGAACGGUCCCCACCUAUGUGGGAGAGACAGCGACCAGGCCAGGCUCCUCAAAUACACAAUCAUUUAUACUUUAGUUUCUGAACUCCAUGAAUCUUCACCCGUAUCUCCAGGGCUCCGAAUCACUUCUAUGCAAAACUGGAGUUGGAGAGACCAUGGGUUGAAGACCUUAGAAGAAAGGUAGUGAGGCACUAGCUGGUUCUUCAGAAUCCUUGGAAACUUUCUUGAAGACUAUGUAUAAUGAGACAUUAAGCUAGAGCAAGAACAAUGAAGGACCCUGAGGGAAAAUGGUAGAGGGCCAAGCAGUUGUGAGUUUCUCUUCAUAUGUUAACUGUCUGAUAAGACAGAGAUAGGAGAGACAAAUUGUCUGAUUGUAUUCUAAGAGACUUGAGGAUUUCCUCAGCAGAGAUACGGGAACCAGGACUCUUUCCAUGCUGCAGUUUCCCAUCUAGGCCUCAUCCAGGGCUCUGAAACUCUUUAGGUAAAGUGGAUGUCAAAUGAAGCAGGCCUUCUGGGGCAUUCUAGCUGAGCUCCUCAGGACUAGGAGCAGCUCUCACUCUCUCUACUACAUCCACUAACUUGGCAUCCAAGUUUGAGACAUCUGGAAGAUGUGCCUGGCUACCCCACCAAGAAUUUAACUCUCUGACCUCUUGUGGUUUCAGUUGGUAGAACUCACAGGUAGCUUUCUCCUUGGGGAAUGAAUACUCAGCAUACAUAAGCCCUUUCGAAUCCUGGGUAGAAACCGCCAGGCAUGGUUAUAAGGAAAGGCUGAGAGAAUACCUCCUCUCCUCCCCUCCCUUCCCCUUGUAUCCAUAAACCAGACAUGUCUCCCAGGAAGCAGGUGUCCCUGGAGACAGAAUAUGACAGGGCUCUACAAUAUGUCUAUGUAAUUAUUUGUGAUCUUUUUCUUUGCUUGUAAUUAUAGGGUUCCCAGGAAGGGGCAAGGAGAGGGUACACCCCAGCUGGGGAGCACAAAGUCAAUUGAUUCCAGUUUUGUGUGUGUUCUUACCUCUGUUCUUCCUUCUCCUAUGUCCAAGACCCUGUUCUCCCCCUCCUCCCACUGUGUAUACCUAGGCUGGCUAAUUAGACAAUGACCAUUAAACCUGGCUGAGUCUCUGUUCUGGCAUAGUCUGUGGCUGGUUUAUUUUAUCUUUUCAGCCUGUGGGUAGGGUUCAGUGUACCUCAAAAGGAUGUGGUCUAUCUAGGGAGGGAAUCUUUAAGUGCCGUUACAAGGUCAUGGGUCAGCUCCACCUCUAGGCAUUACAACAGGCUAGGAGCCAGCAGUCUUCUGUCAUGAGCCAGAUCAAAUGUGCUGCUAUAGCAGGAAAGUAUCCACAGUCAGUACAUAAAUGAAUGAUUGUGGUUCUUUUUCAAUGUAUUAGUCCAUUUUUUGUUGCUAUAACAAAAUAAUCAAGGCUGAGUAUUUUAUAAAAGAAAAAAGUUUACUUAACCUAUAGCUUUGGAGGGGGAAAGUCCAAGAUCAGGUGGGCCCAUCCACUUGAUCUCUGAGGGCCUCAUGGUGGAUUGCGUCAUUAUGGUGGGAGGACAUGUAGAAGGGCUAACAUGGGAAGGCAGGAAGCCAGAGAGUCAGGCUUGCUCUUUUUAUAACUUACUCUUGUGGGUACUGACUACGGUCCCAUGAGAAUGGAUUAAUCUCUUCUAAGGAGGAAUGCCCCGAUAACCUAAUUGCCUCCCACUAGGCCCCACCUCUUAAAGGUUCCACCACCUCGCAACACCACCACAGUAAAGACCAAGUUUCCGGUAAUGAAUCUUUGGGGGUACAAACUCAAACCAUAGCCAAACUGUAGAAUCAAAUGAAACUUUAUUUAUGGACAUUAAAAUUUGAACUUUAUAGAACUUAAAUGUUUUUAGUUUUUUUUCAAUCAUUUAAAAAUGUAAAAACUAUGGUUAGCUCAGAGAUGACACAAAACUAGGCAGUGGGCUGGUCUGACCAUCAGACCAUUGCUUGGCAACCUCUGAGACAGUCUCCAAGGAAACGUCACCAUGGCUUUAGCAGGCUAGAGUUUAACAUUCCCAUGGCCUGGGCUGAGGCUUGUAGAUAGUGAUUUCCUGGGUCCCUGGAUGGGAGGGUUGGUUUCCUGAAGUGUUCUCUUAAUAGUCUACAUGCAGCUUACUAAUGGCACUGGGGGAAAAUGCUGGAUUGGCUUUUUUUUUUAAUGGUGGGAAAGAUCACAUUCACAAAAUUUUGAUUAUUGCCAGUAUAUUUUCAUGUUGUAUAUGGUAACCAUCUUAGGCUAAGAGUUUGUUCCUCUAAUGUGUAGGCUAAUACUCACUUGAGAGUUUAAUGUGUCCUAAGCCUUCUGUAGAACGGAAAAAAAUGCAAUCCAAACUUUUUUGUUGCAGUUGUAGCCUGGCAUAAAUUGAAUUGGAUUCUAAACUCUUAUUAACCAGGAAAAUUCUUUGGCUAGGGAUUGUCAUGGUGUUUAACAAAGGAGGGAGGAGAUGUCAUAAGGAAAAAAAGAAAUAAAAAGAAUCAGAAUUUGGCCUAGUAUGGUGGCACACACCUGUAAUCUCAGCACUUGGGAGGCUGAGACAGGAGGACUGCCAGUUCUAGGCCAGUUUGGGUCACACAGCAAGAUCCUGCCUCAAAAACAACAAAAAGGAAUCCGAAUUUAUACAAUUACCUAAUCUACAUAUCUGGAAUCACAACCAGUUGGAAGAGAAACAGUUGAGCAGGUGAGGAACAGUGACACCUCACAUCAGACAAAUCAACCUUGCUGAUGAAAUGAUAGCUGUUGAUGUCAGUGCUCUCUCCCGUAGUCCACACUUAUAUAGCUAUUCAUCUUGGCGAAGCAGUUUUUGCUCUGGCUGACAGGUUGGCCGAGAGGAUGCAGCUGAUAAAGAGAACAGACUCGGGGAGACUACCAUUUGAGCCUGAGUUUUGGUACUCUUCUCUCCAUCAUCCCAAAGAAGUCCAUGGUAGUACCUCUUUCACUCUUCCUGCCCUGCCCUACCCCCAAGCCACCAGAACUUCCCUAAAUCCUGGCCAAGAUGUGCAAUUUUGUCCGCCAAUCUUGCAGCACUUCUCCUACUCUUUUUUUUUUUUUUUCCU